GUCAUUAGUAAUAUUUUAUAUUUCUGUUAUCUUAUCUUAUCGUAUGGUCUUGCAGAAACACCUCUUUCGUCAUUACACCGAUGAGUAGCAUAUACAACCUAGAACCAUACACAAACGGGAAGGUCGUAUUGCAGACAACGGUUGGCGAUAUAGAGCUUGAAUUAUGGGGAAAGGAAUGUCCAAAAGCUGUUAGAAACUUCAUAGCGCUCUCAUUAGAGGGUUAUUACGAUGGCUGUAUAUUUCAUAGAGUUGUGCCAGAUUUCAUAGUACAAACUGGUGAUCCAACAGGGACAGGAAGGGGCGGUGAAUCAUUCUACGGUGAACCCUUCGAAACAGAACCACACCAGCGGUUACGCUUUAAUAGGAGAGGUCUAGUCGGUAUGGCACACAGCGUAGACCCAGACACCGCCGAACGCGAUAAUAGAGGUCGUAUAUUACGUACCAAUACAUCCCAAUUCUUCAUUACAAUGUCAGACGCCAUGGAAUUGACGGGUACAAAUACACUUUUUGGACGUAUAGUCGGUGAUACGAUAUUUAACGCACUGAAAAUUCAAUCAUAUGAGACGGAUGCUGAUGAGAAGCCACUUUAUCCGCCUAAAAUUAAGACAGUGAAGAUUGUUAUCAACCCAUUCGAAGAUAUCGUACCGAGGAUCACACGUGCUGAGCGUAAAGCACAGGCACAGGCUAAGGCAGACAGACAGCGAGAGAGGGAGGAAGAACUUGCGAAAUUCAACAAGAAAAAACUCAAAAAGAAGACAGCAUUGUUGAGUUUUGGUGAUGAGGCUACAGAAGAGGAAGCCCAACCGGAAGUCGGACAGCGGAGGAAUGUGAAGUCGUCGCAUGAUUUACUUGAUGACAAGACACUUUCCAAGGAUCGUAUUGUGAAGAAUGACAAACAAGUUGUACCGCAAAAUAAUAUUACCGAAUUACGGGCCGAGCCACAACCAGAACCACCUAAAGAACAAGUCACCAAACCCAAAGUGGAUCUUGCAGCUAUACGGAAAGAACACUCAACAGGUACGAGCGCAGAUGUAAAGGAAUCGAUUAGACAAACAGAGGAGGCCAUAGAGGCGAUGAAAAGUGGUAAAAAGCCUUCAGAAAAGAUGGAAAAGAAGGGGGAUGAUGACUACAGUGCGAUGUUGGAGGGAUAUAAGAAAGGCAAGCCAAAACGUGGUGCUGCGUUCGAUAGGCUCAAGGCUUUCAAAGAAGGUCUCAGGAGUACUGCUAAGGUAGUUGAAAAUAGUGAAGAGACACCAGCAGAUGAUGAGUAUGAUUAUGAUAAGGAUACCGAAAAUGAUAGCGACUGGAUGAACCACCAAUUACACUCCUCAGCAAAGGACAGACUUGAAGAGGAUCAAAGUCGACGGGCAGAAGUCGACUAUGACGUUAUAGACCCUCGUCAAUUUAAACGAGCACGUAAACACGCCAAUCCAAACAGCGAUGUGCGACAGAGAAGCGGUGGAGGCGCCUACGCGCGUAUUUAAAUGUAAUUUUGCGUGCAUAGCCGUACAUUUUUAUAUUUUUCGACCUCUAGACAUCUAAGUUCGACUUCUUGGAAAACUUCAACACGCUUAUGUUCGACAAAGCCCAUUUUAGUGAACAACUUAAGGGAAGGUUUGUUGUUAUAACUAAUUUUUACAGAUAAAAUGCGCUUCUGAGUGUUAUCGACAUGUUGAGUGUAAUAUCCGAGCAAUAGAGUUAGCGCUUCAGUUGCGAAACCGCGCCAGCGAUGUGUUGGUUCAGCUAUCAUGAUCUCACAUUCUGCAAUAUCAAUAUCGUCAUCCUCGUUGAGGAAUAUGUUGACAUCGCCAAUUGGCUGACCGUGUUCCUCGCGUUCUUCGCCAUCCAGAAGUCUAUAAUCUUUUAUCGCGCUAUCAACAAGAAUGAAAGUGAGUUUGUCAGCGUCUUUGUGCCAACUUUUUUGCAUCGCGUAUUCUUCUUCAAGGGAGAGUGCUUCGCUAGCUGUUAAUUCGAGUAUAUCAGCGUUCGACAUCCAUUUGUGGUAUCUUUCUACAUGUUUCUCUCUAUA